UUCUGAACAUAUUUUUUAACAUCAAAUUAGACAAUCUUACUUGACAUACUCUUCUACUACAAUUCAAAAACAAGAAACAUCAAUGGCGGACAAUGAAGAGGAGCAACCCAAAGAAAUUCCACAUGAAGAACAGUCACCACCUAGUUCACUUGAACCCCAAGAGGUAGAAGAAUUAAGAAAGUCUAUGCAAGAAAUACAAGAGCCAAGAAAAAUUUCAAUAUCAGACGGGGUUGAAAGACGUCGAUCAUCACAUCGUGCAUCUGGCAUAGAACGCAGAACAUCAGCUGCUGGAGAACGCAGAAUAUCAGUCAGUGGAGAGCGCAGAAUAUCAACCGGUGGCGAACGCAGAGUAUCCGUCAGUAAGGAACGCAGAGCUUCAGCAGAUGUAGAACCCAGAACUUCGAUUAAAGGAGCAUCCAUCAGAGGAUCCGAGAUGAUAGAGAGUUUCAUCCCUCCGGAGGUCAGGGCGGGUUUUCAUGGUAGACAAGCGAGUUUGCAACCUUCGCGAUCGGAUACCAUUAGUCCGUCGAUUCAAAGAAAGUCAAAAUUCGGAUUAACCAGCAAGGCCAGAAUGGUACUGGGUAGUAUUGUCGAUAUCAAAACUAACGCAGGAGAGGCUUUUGACAGAAGAGUAGCCAAGUACCAAAACUCUUAUAGACUAGAGUCGCAAAAUCCAUUUAAUGCCGAGAAAGUGGAUAAAAUCCUCAAGGAGGUCAUGAACGAACUGAUUGAGAAUUUACAAUAUGAUCCGGAAAAGUGCGCCCAAACCGCGAAAGUGGCCUCGGGGCUAAUAAGGACCAGGGUAAAAGGCCUAGAUUUUGAAAGAUAUAAAUUAGUAUGUAUUGUGACAAUAGGAGAAAAGAACUCUCAAGACGUUUACGCAACCUGUAGAUUCCUUUGGGAUGCGGAAAAGGAUAGAUACGCUUAUUACGCGUUGGAAAACACCCACGUUUAUGCUAUAGCAUAUUGUUUCGGUUUAUAUUACGAAUAAAGGCUGUGAAUGUUU